UUUCACAGUUUCUAAGCGACGGUUCUUAUCCAUUAACCUCAUUUUGCCUCUUCGUCCGGGCCGAGAGGACUGAGGCCAGGGAGUGCUCUACAAAACCGCUUCCCUUUAAUCACUCAUACCACACGUUUCUUUUGUGCUUUACCACUUGCAACGUGCGGUACGUUUCUGGGGCUCUUUUAUGUUUUUUUUUUCACUUUUCAAAUGAUCACUUGCACUUUCACAAUCGUGAACAAUGUGACUUCAUUCUUCAAAAAGCAACAUUAGUUCAGACGUUCCUUUCGCCCGAAGUUUUUACCUAACUCGAAUGAGGCUACUGGUCAAGGUAGAAGGAACCAUGGUGACAAACAACAUUUGUGGAAGAAGUUGGACUCACACCUGAUUAGUUUGAAGCGCUGGUAAUUGUUUUGAGGUGCUUUAGAUGAUGAAAAGUGUGCUUGAACAUGCUUGACCCCACAGAAUCCCAUAACAGUAUACUAAGGAAAGAAAAAGACGGCCAGUGGAUAAAAGAAGAGUUUCAUUUGGUGGAAAAGCCAUUGGCCAUCUGCAGUGUGGAAUCAGGGAAAAUUAAUCAACUGAAUGGAAAAACAGUCCACGCAACUGGAAAUUCUAACACAGGAUCACUAACACAGCUAGUGUUUCAUUCUUUUCUAAAUCAAACCGAAGGCCCAGUCCUCAUCAAGCCCAUUGGAAAGUCAAAAGUAUUAGUUGGAACUGACAUCCAGAAUUCAAAAGCUAAAAAUAAAUCUGCAAAAAAGUCUGUGUUAUCUUCAACUGCUUCGAUAACGUUCGUUUUCCCCAAGGCAAAAAAAGCAAUGAUGAAGAAGAUGAAACAUAUUGAAAAUGCAGGGAAUAGUUCAGCCUUUAUCAAGGCAACAUCUGAAGACUUCUUUGAGGGCGGCGCAGUAAUUGAAGAUCACCAACUAACUGAUGAGUAUUCUAAGUCUAGUUAUGAGGACUGUGAUGUUGAGACCAAUAUGAUGCCAUCUAAACUAAAAACCCCGGUCUUAAGUUCAGUGGAUCCACCUGUUUAUCAAAAGAAGAAACGCAAACGUUGUGGGGUGUGUCACCCUUGUAUGAAAAAAGAUAAUUGUGGGGAAUGUAGUAACUGCAAGAACCGCAAGACGGGACAUCAAAUCUGCAAACAGAGGAAAUGCGAGGAACUUAAGAAGAAACCUGGAGCAUUUACUGUGGUGGGGAACAAGGACAAUACAAAAGCUCAGAGAAAGAAGCAAACACUGGCUGAAAAGACAGGUUCAGAAGGGAGCUCAGUGGAUGGCCCCAGAACAGACCAAAUGGAAGAGGGGUCAACCAACCAUGUUGGUGAAAGCAGGUUGAGAUUAGAAAUGGCACCAAGUCUGGUGAAUGGAGUAUGUAGUCAAGAACAACAUACCAUUGAUGUGGAACCAAGUGAGUGGAUGGAUAACCAGAGACUCCCUCAGCACCCCAAUGGAAACAUCAGCCAGGAGACAACUCAAAGAUUGAACCAAGUUAGGAACCAUGUCAAGGAAGACCUAGCAACCACGAGGGAUAAUGUCAUUCUGGAUGAUGCUAGAAAGUUAACUGUACUCCCUGAAACGGUAGCAAGCAUACCUUCAUAUAAUUCACCAGCACAAAACUGUCAGCCUUUACAAAAGAUUAACCUUACUGAGAAAUGUAACCCAGAGAUUAAUAACAGCAGCGACACAGUGGAUAUGAAUGAUGAUUGCCCUCCGAAUGAUGAUUUGAGCACUUUGACCACUGCAUGGACCCUUGCAAAAAAACAUGGGAAGAAACCACCAAACUGCAACUGCGAUGGCCCAGAAUGCCCAGACUACUUGGAAUGGCUUGAGAAAAAAAUAAAAGCUGUUAUUAAUGAAGGACAGAACAGGACUUCAACAAUUUCGGAUAAAAUCAGUGAUAUGCCUGUGGAAAACGGUGCUUUACAAAAUCACAUGCCUGUUUUGGAGGAAACAUCCAUUUUUGAUUCCUCUGAUGUUCCUCAAUAUUCUCAGAAUGCUUUGACCAUUGCAAAAGAGAAAAACAUAAGUCUUCAGACAGCAAUUGCCAUUGAAGCCCUUACACAACUAUCAUCAACACUUCCACAGCCAUUUCCAGAAGCUUCAUCACAGAUUAACAGCACCUCUCAAAUAGCUGAUGCCUCAUCUAGUUCUAUUGAGGAAAACCAUGUUCCUCUGCCUGCAUCUUCUGAUGCUAUUCAGGACCUGCAAGAUGACCUCAAUCAGCAGCAGCAAAAUAGACACCCUUCUCUACAAAAGCAUCCUGGUCAGCAAAUGUUUCCAGAAUAUCAGUCUCAAGCGCAAACUCCAUGGGAGCAUCUAAAAAAACCAGCACAGAUUGAAGCUCACUACAUUCCAGCCAUGAAAACAUUACAAGAUCCAUUUAAUAAUUUUUCAAAUUCAAUAUCAACUAUAAAACAUACCGAUGAAGUCUCUGCUCACAGGAGUGAUGCAGCCAGCGCUGAAGGAAACAUGCCAUUAUUCAAUACCAAUCAGCCAGUUACUUCACUGAAUGACCCUAUGACUGAGUUAAAGCAGCUAUUAGAUAGUAACAACAGUAACAAAUACCCCCUGCCAUUGUUUAAAAUGCCUAGCAUAAUUGCACAUGAAGAUGCAGGCAUAAAGACCCAACAGGAUUUAUCAUUGCCAUUUUCCAACUUGGCAGGUGGAGUUGGAUUUUAUGGGAUGUUGCCUGAACAACAGUCAUCUCAGUCCAUGCAACAAAUGCAUAUGCAUCAGAGGAGUAAACAUCAAAAAACACAGGCAGCAUUACAACAACAUCUACACCAUAAACGCAGUCUCUUUCAAGUGAACAGUCAAAAACAGAACCAUCUACAUGAGCAGCAAAAAUGGUGGUCACAUCAGCCACAUCUAAAAAGACAGAAGCAAAAGAAAGCAGUACAAGAAAAGAAGAAGUUACAACCAACACACAAGCAACGUAAAGAAACUCAGCUUCAAAAGGCACAAAAUAUUCAACAGCAGCUUUUCUUUCAAAUUCAACAAAUGCAACAGACAAAAUUGCAACAAGGUCUGCAGCAUCAAUCAUUACCUCAACAAAAACAGGUCUUGGAUGGGUUCCAGCAAGUGGAAAAAAUACAGAAUAACUAUGGAAUAGGGGAACACCAGACACAGUUACUGCCGCAACAACAUCUUAAGGAACAGCAGAUACAGAUAGCACUUCAACCAACUUCUGAAGUUUCCCAGCAGAAACAGACAGAUAACAGAGAGUCAGCUAUUACUCAGGAGACUCCCACUUUUAACAGGUCAGUGUCACAGGAAAUGUGUAGCUCCCGACCAGAUUCCUUCUUGUCUCAUCAACAUAUUGAAAAAUAUCCACAAUCAACUUCAUUGAAGAAUAGCCCUGCCAGACACGCAGAUGAAAAAGAUCCACACAUAAAUUCAGAUUCCUUACCUAUUCAAAUACAACAAAAUGAUGUGCCCGUACAUAGUCCUCGCACCUUUGAGGAAAAAAUUGAGGAACUCUUAAAACAAUUUGAAGCAGAAUUUGAAUCAGGCUCUACAUCACAACAAUUCCAGUUUACUCCUCAGAAUAACUCAGCAUCUCAGGUAGAACCAAAUGAAAACCAGACACCUUCUACUGACCCUCAGCUUUCAUUUCUCAAUCAAUCUGGUGAUUCAGACCAGAGCAGUCGGACACUGUUUUCUCAAAAUAAGGCAUCUCAUGAACAACAUGAGUGUAAACCAACCAAUAUAAGCAACAAAACUAAUUCCACUUUACAGGAAAGUACAAAAUGUUUUAAUAAUUCUUUUCUGACUGGAUCCUCAAAACACAUGAAAGUUGAAACCUCUGGUGCGAUUACAGUGCUGUCAACAGUUUAUUCUGGAGAAAAUAUAGAGGGACCUUCAGAAGAAGGAACUCCCACAAAAAACACACCUCUCACCCCUUCUCUCAGUGGCUUUUUGGAAUCUCCUUUGAAAUAUUUGGAUACCCCAACUAAAAGUUUGCUGGAUACCCCAUCAAAAAGGGCCCAAAUGGAAUUUCCAUCAUGUGACUGUGUUGAGCAAAUCAUAGAGAAAGACGAAGGUCCAUACUAUACACAUCUUGGCUCUGGACCCACUGUGGCAGCAAUUCGAGAACUAAUGGAAGAAAGAUAUGGGGAGAAAGGGAAAGCAGUUAGAAUUGAGAAAGUCAUUUACACAGGGAAAGAAGGAAAAAGUUCCCAGGGUUGUCCAAUUGCAAAAUGGAUAAUAAGAAGAGCGAGCGAAGAAGAAAAAGUCCUCUGUCUUGUACGUGAGCGCGCUGGUCAUCACUGUCAGAAUGCAGUUGUUAUUAUUCUUAUUCUUGCAUGGGAAGGCAUUCCUCGAGCCUUUGGGGACAAGCUGUACGAUGAACUCACAGAGACUUUAACAAAGUAUGGGAAUCCUACGUGUCGCCGGUGUGGAUUGAAUGAUGACCGCACAUGUGCAUGUCAGGGAAAGGAUCCUGAGACCUGUGGUGCUUCCUUUUCCUUUGGCUGUUCUUGGAGCAUGUACUUCAAUGGAUGCAAGUAUGCCCGCAGCAAGCAUCCACGCAAGUUUAGACUUCUGGGAGACAACCCUAAAGAGGAAGAUUUACUUAAAGAGAGAUUACAAACUCUUGCCACAGAGGUUGCUCCACUAUACAAGCAGCUUGCACCUCAAGCCUUCAACAAUCAGGUUACAAAUGAACAAGUAGCCCCCGAUUGCAGACUUGGAAAAAAAGAAGGAAAACCAUUUUCUGGCGUAACUGCAUGUAUGGACUUCUGUGCCCAUGCUCACAAAGAUCAGCACAAUAUGUACAAUGGUUGUACUGUGGUUUGUACAUUAACAAAAGAAGACAAUCGGAAGAUAGGAACAACACCAGAGGAUGAGCAAUUGCAUGUGCUUCCACUGUACAAGGUGUCAACAACUGAUGAACACGGUAGUGAAGAGAAUCAGAAUGAGAAGAUUAAAGCAGGAGCAAUACAAGUGCUUACAGCAUUCCCCAGGGAAGUAAGAAUGCUGCCUGAACCAGUUAAAUCGGCACGUCAGAAGAAACUAGAAGCAAAAAGGGCAGCUGAAAAACAGAGAAACCAAGCAAAGAAACUUUUGGCUGGAAAACUAAAACAGGAAGCAGAAGAUUUGAAGUGUAGCACUCCACAAAACAAAGAUGUGACAUUGGCAACUGCAACACCCCAACAUCACAUUACAACUUCAAUCAAAAUUGAACCACAAGAUCACUACAACUCCUACAAACACAGUGGAAAUUCAGUUGUUGAGAGUUACACAGUGCUUGGUAGCUGCAGACCCUCCAACUCUUAUAGUCUGGGCAAUGUCUAUCCUUAUCAUUCUUACUAUGCAAGGCCAACCCUGCCUUCCAUUAACAAUUUUCAUCCAAGAUAUUCAUUUUCUUAUGGAUAUUAUGGUUAUGCAAGUAACCAAUUAUUUCCCACAUCAUUCCUUAACUAUGGCAGAAGUGAUACAAGACCAGGGAGUUUCUCAGGAAACAGCUUUGAGAAGAAGCCUGAUGUACAGGAGCUGUGUGCUAAUUUCAAUCUUGCCCUCAGAAAUAACAGGAUUGAUUGCUCCGACCAGGCUACAGAGAUGACACCAAAGCAGAUUCAUCAACCCAUGUUCCAAGGAGGAACAGGAUUAGUUUCCCAAACAUCGUUAUCCACAACAUCCAAUCAGUCACAUCCAAUACGUCAAAUACCUGAGGAAGUCAAAAGAGUUUCACAAAAUGCAAACAGUGUAAAUCGAUUUAUCAAACAAGAGCCAGAUGACUCUGUUUCCUAUUCCCAAUCCUGUCAUGGGGUUUCAAUGAAUGUCCAUGCAGUAAACAAUACCUUUUCUGCUUUACAAAUACCACCCAACAUAGCCCAUCAAGGAAAAUCAUGGGAUAUGUUUAAACCAAAUGGUAGUUUGAUGUCAACUGGAACAGCUGGACAUGAAAAACCAUGGGGCUUAUUCAAUCCUACCGAUAACACCAAGUUAACUAAUACAAAUGUUCAUGAAAAAUGGAACUCAAUAACAUCUAACAGGAAUGCAACAGGAUUACCUGCAAAAAAUAUGCAAGAAAAGCCAUGGAAUUUACUUACAGAUAACAGAAGUGCACCACCAUUGCAAAGUGCAAAUCUCCAGGAAACAAUAUGGGAUUCGUUUAAAACAGGUGAAACCAUCUCACCACCCUCCAUGUCAUCUAAUGUGAAUCUUAAAGACAAAUUAUGGGAACCUGUGGAAAUACAAAAUAACUUGUCAGUGAUAUCAGGUUCUAGCCUACAAGAUAAACCAUGGGAUUUGUACAAAAUAAGUAACAGUAAGCCUUCCGUAUCCAGCAUAAACCUGCAUGAGAAAGUGUGGGGUGAAAAUGGAACAAUGUUACCCAGCACAAACAUGGAAGGCAAGCAAUGGGAUCUUUACAAAGUAAAUGAAAAUAAGCCAGUAUUACAUAGUGCAGACAUACAGGAACAGCUCUGGGAUCCUUACUGCAUGAAUGAAAGCAUGGAUGACUUGCCUCCUGAUAAUGUUAAAGAGGAAGAAGAGGAAGUGUGGUCUGACAGUGAACACAAUUUUUUGGAUGGGAACAUUGGCGGGGUUGCUGUGGCACCAGCUCAUGGUUCUAUUUUGAUUGAAUGUGCCAGAAGAGAGCUUCAUGCCACUACUCCAUUAAAAAAACCAAACCGGUGUCAUCCCACACGGAUAUCUCUUGUGUUUUACCAGCAUAAGAACUUAAAUCAGCCAAACCAUGGCUUAGCUCUCUGGGAAGCAAAGAUGAAAAUCCUUGCAGAAAGAGCCAAACAAAGGCAGGAAGAAGCAGCAAGAUUAGGCUUGCCUCUGGUAAACACCAAGCUUCUUGGGAAAAAACGCAAGUGGGGCAGUGCACCAACUGCAGACACUGAACAUGACAAAAAAGACUAUUUUCCCACUCGUCAGGCAAUGACCAUCACAACAAACACUGUUAUCACUGUGUCUUCAUAUGCCUAUACCCAGGUAACAGGACCCUACAACCGCUGGAUUUGAGAUAUGUACAACCUUGCGGCCAUUUUACCUCACUACAGCAGCUAUUUCUGUUGCUGGUUGCGGUGCUUUCCUCUGAUGAAUAUACUGUAGAGGGGAAAUUCCACUCAAGUGCAAAUCAUCUCGAAAGCUGCACUCUGAGCAAAGAAUUUUGAUUGCAAUUGAAAAAUUUCUGGUUUUAGCAAUCUAAUUUAUAUAUCUACAUGUUUUUGAACUUAUAGUUGCCCAUCAUACUGAGGGGUAAAAAGAAAACUUUCUAUGUCAAAUUAGAAAAAUAGUAUUUAUUGUACACCUUUUGUUGUAUUUGUUGUUCAAAAAAUAAUCAUUUGUUAGAGAAGCAGCUACUACUUCAGGGCCAGGUUAAUUCUGACAGAUAACAACAUCUCAAACUGUUGAAUUAUAUGUGUAGGGCAUCAUCUGAAGCAAAACUAAAAGUAAAAGAAACUGGUGCUUUUAAAAAAGUAAGUUUACAGCACAGAGUUCAUUUUUUAGUCACAACAGUAAAAAUCAUCUACACAAUUCUUAGCCCAGCAUCUUAAAUUUGUAAAUUGUAUUCUGCUGGCCUGGCUGUUGGUGCUCUAAACCUUAUUAGCCUGAUGUUUCUAUUGAAACAUUAAACACAUGCACUUAUAUGUAAAAAAAAUUUCCCAUUGUGCCGUUCCGAGGUAGAUUAUAAUGGCAAUUAAUAUCAUGGUGCUCCUCCAGCUCAUUGUUUUUACAAUUCUCUUGACAUCUCAUUUCACUGAAAAAAGAAAUUUACAGUACAUCUAAUGUACUCUCUAAAGCAAGCUUAAUGAUAAUGCUGAAGUCAUUUUAUGACUGAUCAUUUAGUUGUGUUUCACCAAACAUCUGAUUUGUAAUUGCAGUAAAACCUGUACUUUUGUCACCACAGUUUGCAAUUUUUUUUCCUACUAGCUAUACCUGUGUAAACAAAAAAAAAUGGAUCACGAAACCAUAUUAACAAGAUUAUUUUCUUUUACCGCUAUUAAGCUAAAAGUAUUUCAAAACGUUGCAAUUUUAGACCAAAAUAUAGACUCAAUGAUUGAACUGUACUAAUGAUUACCAAAUUUAUUUCUGUGUCUACUGUAAAGCAAACUAAAAUUUCCAGAGCUUCAAAUGUACUCAAGAUACAUUUUGUGUUUUACUCAAUAACUAAAGAUGGGUUUUACUAUAAUGACAAUGCACCACCAGUCUAAAAGGUAGGCCUGUCAUUAUCAUGCUGUCAUUCGAACUGCAUUCAGGUGCCUCUUAAGAGUGCUGGGAUUCAAAUGACAGUUGAUUUGAUUUUUGUUUUAUUCUUAAUUUUUACACCAUUGGUAUAAAAAGAACAGCAGGUUGUGUAUUUUACCUGCAUCCUAUAUCCUCCAAUUUUAAACUGUAAAUAUAUUAAAAACAUUUUAAAGCACUUUCACCUUGAUUUUAAAAUGACAACUUGAAGUAGUUUAUUUAACAGAUAAUUAUUGGGAGAACUACUGUAAAUAGCUACAGAAUUUUUAGCAAAAUAUUUCUCCACCGCAUUCUCCUGCAUUUUUUCCUUUAAUCUUACACAAACAUGUUUAGAGAUUAAUAAUGAAUAAUGAUAUGGUUAAUCUGUUGGUUCUUGAAUUCUACUCAUGUUCUGACACUGAUAAAGCCCAAAAGUAACUUCAGAAUUACUUAUUGGGGUCGUUGAAAUACUUGUUUUUGAUUAGAAACCAUGCUUUAAAUAGCCCAUUGGUUGAAGUACCAGUUAUUUUGCCACAUUGAAGCAAGCACAGUGCUGUCAAAUUUGAUGCGUAAAUCACAAUUUAUAUCCUCUUAAAGUAGGCAAACAUCAGUCCAACCUGCAGUAUUUCUAAAGUAGAUGUAGAAAUAAGGGAGUGGUUUAUGAUCCAGGCUUACUGUACUUAACAAUUGUUUUACCUUGAAACCAGUAGGUGUUUACCCAGUUUCACAUUUUAAACUGCAUGUUUUGUUUAAUCUCCUGAGUUUUUAAAAUGGGGUAUUGAGUUACUUGCAUGAAAGUAGAUCUGCUGAUUUUGUACAAAUGCUUAAUAUUUUGACCAAAUUUCCUCCUCUGAGCUUGUGUUCAGCUUUGAGGAAGUCACUGUACAGUUUAAAAAUGGCAUUUUUAUUUUUUUAUUCCAGCAAAGUAUACUGUACAUCUAAUGUAGUGUUUCACAUACACCAGAAAUUACUGUGAUUUUUUUUUUAAAUGGUCAAUUGUGUACAUCGCAAUGAAAACAAAUUUCAUCUUAUAAGUUUCAAGUCUCAAAAGAAAAUAUAAUUGAUAAGGACAUAUUAUUUCAGGCAUAUUGAGCUCCACAAAACAAACUGUAAAUAUUCUAAUUUUGGUUGGUUCUAUUCAAAUGAAUUUAUGUGCCUUCCUUGAUUAUUUUGUGUCUAAUGUCCAAAAUCAACAAACCAUCCAGAGGACAAAAUUUAAGCCUUACCCCCAACGCAGUAUAAAGUUCAAAAUAAGUAUAAAAUUGUACAAGUGAAACAUCAGUCCACAUUAACUGGAUACCAAAUUUCCCAGUCUGAAUAUCUAGUCAAAUAUUUACAAUAUAAGCUAAUGAUUCAUAGUUUGGAUUUUACAUCGUUUAAGAAAUCAAUUAGAAGUAUGUUACAGUGUACAUGUCAUAGAUGCCAUUCUUAAACUAGAAGAACAAUACCUCAGAUCUCAACACUGUUAAAGAAUUGAGUAUGUUUUCUGAACAGGUUUCUGAAUACUUUAAUCCUUUGAGGACUAUAUUAGCAUCUACAAUAAGAGAAUUUCUAAAAAAUUUCAGGCAAUAACAGUGAUACAAGAACAUCAAUCAAAGCUUUGUAGCACAGUCAUGAUAUGCAUCAUUGAAAGAUUACAUUAUUUCAUUCAAGGCCGGAUUGAUCCUACUACAGAAAAAGGAAUAACCAAAAUAUUAGCUUUUUGCCCUUGUUUCAUUCGUUUGUCACAAAAUGUAAUACACAUUUUGCUACGUUUCACUAAACUGUGUGAAAGAUGAGUGCUUUCAGAGCAGGAUUGAUUUUGCCAGCUAUCCUCCAGACACACACAACCCUGCAGGUAAAAUGUUCCUGUUCCACACAAUGCUUCUUCCAGCAACCCUGAUGUGAACUGAGAAUGAGUGUGAAAUAUCAAAAAAAUAUAUGAUCCUUAGUUGAGAGUCCAAUGAUCUACCAUUGGAGCUGAAAAUCCACUAUCAGCACAUCAGACAGCAUCUUCAAUCUGUAUAAUAUUCUUACCCCAUAAGCUAAAAAACCUGUUCAGCUAGGUACACAGAAAAUGUAGUACUCAAAGGAUUGACUGAAUUGGAAUUGCACUCUUGCAUGCCAUGUUGCAGCACUAUUUCAAUAAUAAUGUGGAUUCCUCCCCUUAUGCUCAACACACUCAGGCCAAUCUAUGAAAGAUUAAGUUUAUUACGCUUUUUCCCUUAUUACUGAAAGUGCAGUAUAAAAGCUCUCCUGAGCAACAGGUAAUUCUAAUUCCUGAACCAAACCUCAGGAAUUAUUUCUGUAUGUGCAAACACUAAAGGGUGCUAAAAUAAAUAACUAAAUGUGAAAUACCAGCAAUUUGUACUCACUGUAAGAGCCUGACAUAACUUGAAUUACAUGCAGGGUAGCUUUUCUUACUGUUUCAUAACUCAAUGUGGCUAAAGACCACCAACAUGCUACUUGUAUUUGCUGGUUAAAUUUAGGGAAGUACAGUAUUUAUUUUCAAAUCUCAAAUGAUCGGAGUUGGGCAUAUUUGUCAAAGACAAACAUAAAUGCCACUGAUAAAAUUUCCAUGCAAAUACCACAUUAGAUGUUGCACAAGACAAAACUGAAAGCUGCUCAUUAAAAUCCACUGUACUGUGAAAAUUAAAAUUUCUUGAGAGAAAAGCAGAGAUCAGAAUUUGGCUUUGAGCCUCAAUUUUCCAUCAGUGAAUAGCAGUAAAACUUAAAUUAUUGAAGUAUAUCUUGAAACUAAAUUGCUAGUAGCACAGCUUUUAAAUUCUGUCAAACAAUUGUCAAAAUUACGUUAAAUACAAUGUUGAAAACCCUAAAUAUAUACUAAAUUAAAUAAACCAAUCAGAAUUAACUAAGAUCAAAUCAAAAGACAUUUCUCAUGUUUAAGGGAAAUGUUUUUCAAGUAAAGGCUUUUAACAAUCUUGUUCAUUUGUGUUUCAACAUACAACAUAAAUCAUAUUAAAACUCAUCAUUACGUCACUUGCACAUGAUCUUGUUGUGACAAGAAUGAUGCACUGUUCUUUUUCCUCUCCAGAAAUUAAAAUAUUUAUCACAAACAUAUUUUCAUUAAGAAAAUAUAGACCAGCUCUUUAAACCCUAUCUUAUGCCAGUCCCUAAAGUACAAGAAUAAAUCAGAUUUAACCCUGUUGGACUAAAUAAUUUGUAUAGAACCUCAUAUAUUAGGAAAAUGGAAAUUGGAUUCCAAAACUUCUGAUAUGUGAAUUAUGCAAGUAAACUUUUGCUAAUCAUAGAAUGCUGAUUACCAACAUUGAAAAUCCACUAUCAGCACAUCAGACAGCAUCGCAUUGAACUUGAGCCCUGGUGCUCUUUAAAAAGUAAUGUUUCUCACACAAGUCUGGAAACAUCUUGAAUGUUAAAGCUUGCAAUGUUGUCAACAGUCAUUCAAAAAUAGUUAGGCAGAAACAAGCACAACAUCUAUUGCAAUUAUGUUUUCUGCCUUAGCCUAGCAUGAUUCAGUGAAACGGAUUUUGAGAGUUGCAAUCAUUAAUAAUGUGACCUGCUGAAAGGUGCUACAAUAUUCUUCAAUAAAGUGCUACAGCUUAAAUUAAGUUGCAGUGUUCAAUGUCACUUUCAUACAUAUUUAGAGGAUUAGAAAUUUGAUUCAGAAUUAAAAAUAUUUUCAAUAUUGCAACAGAAAUUUCUUGUCAGAAAGAACAGAAAAUCCAUUAGAAAUCCUUUACUUUACGGCCUCAAUUUAGUUUAAGCAAAUUUUAUUGCACAGCUUUGGUAGACAUGUAGUAUGUACGCAAAUAUUGUUUUCAAUGCAGACACACAGCACACUCAAUUAGGUGCAUAGACAUACAAUGUUAACACUUAGUUAAAUUGAAGUUUCUUGUAUUGAAAUGUGACAUCUAAGGGGAAGUAUGUUAAAUGUGUGUAUUUUUGGUGCAAAUUUCUUAUGGUUAAAUGAUUUAAGGCAGCUCAGCUUCAUAUGGCCUUUCUGGUUUCUUCAAUUACAAAAAUGUUAGCUUUUGUUACCCAUUCUGCAGCAACAUGCUUGCAUUGCCUGUGCUUAAAUGUUGGCAUAAAUUUAUGCUUUAUCCAUGUGGCUUUAUUUUGUAUAUCAGUAUUUGUAAAUAUGAAGUAUGUUUUAAACUUCUUCCAAAUUGCUUUUAUAUUUUCUUUUGUUUUUAUUUGAGGUGCUAUUCAAUUUGUCCAGUCAGGUGUUCCUUCCCCUUUUUUUUAAUAAAUGUUUGUGUUUUGGUUGUACAGAAAUAUGGAUUCUGUUUGGUGACUUCCUUGUCCUAAAACGCAGGAAUAUAUGUUUUUCCUACAUUCCUUAAAUAAUUUCUAACAUUAGGAAAAUAUUGUAGUUAAGAUGCAAAUAAGCAUGGCUUUCAAAAAACCUGAAUUUUAAAAGAAGAGUUUUUUAAACAAACCUACAUUAGGGCAUGCUUUCUUCACUUUGGUAACUACUAUUAUAACUCAGUGCUUUUCUGGCAAGAUACAUUUCCUUUAAAAAGAUUAUGGGUUAUAGGGUAUACUUUUCAAUAGGUAGAUAGAUAAAGUAACAUUAGAAUAUUAACUCUGUGGUAUUCCCACAGACACUAAACUUUAAAGAUUCACGGGUAAAAUUUUCCAUCUUUGCUGCAUAAGAGCCACUCCUAACAUUGACUUAACAGCAUUUAUCAUAUUGUUUAGGUACUGCAAGAGCAAUUUUCUUGUUCAGAAUAACAAAAGACCUGGUUGGGAGCAGGGACAGGUUGCCUCCUUUUUAGGAGAGGCGGGUGGGCGGUUGUGAAGUUUUUCAUAUUCCCUAGUCUUAUACAUUAUAGUGUUGGGGAAAAUGUUCUGAAGCUGCAGAAAUGUAGUAACAAAAUGCACACUCAGCACAUUCUUGCAAUUUCAAUUAUGUCUGCUGCAACCCAUGAAGACCAAAUGACAAUUAACACAAUGACAUCCAGAUUUCAAACGGAAGUAUCUUGAGCAGGAAGGCAUACUAAGAUAGUAGCACAAUUGAGAUGUUUUAAAUAUCAUGAGAAAAUGGUUUAUGCUAUUUGACACUGGUAGCUGCAUUACAAAAUUGGACCGGGCAAUACUCAUUCUAUGCUAUCCAGCUCAAACUUCAUUUCCCCCGUCUAGAAAGAGCUUUGCACAUGUGUAGUCACAUUCAUGCACAGAGCUUAACUUCUAACAGUAAAAACUUAAAUGUUUAGUCAGUGGAUGGGAGCACCUGCAUUUUCUAAGCAUUUAAAUUUACUUCAGGUAGGUUUAAAAAUACUUAGUCGGCCCAAGGGACCUCUGAGCACUUUUUGAACAGUUUGACAAUACACCAGAGUUUAAUGGUGUCAAACAGAAGCAGUGUGAGACAACCUCCUGUAGAGGGUUUCAUUUUUCUUUCUGAAGUCAGCUCAGGCCUGACUCCAAUGCAACUUUCUGCAAAGCAAAAACCACCUCAUGAUGUUAAUGUUGUAAUGUAAACACACUUUAAACACAUCAAAACACUGCAAUUGUGUUACUUCUUUCUUUCAUUUAGUUAGUUUUGGAGUGGUACGUAUGCAGUUAUUCUUUCUUAGAAUGCUGACUUUAUAAUUCAUAAAGAAAGCAUGUUAUUUCACAAAGUGCACAUAACAGAGAAGGUAUUAUAUGUCCUUUCUCUAUUAUUGAAGAACGCAUAAACAAUUUACGCUAUCUCAGAUGCUCUGGUCAACUAUGAGUGUUACAACAAGGAGUUAGUGUAUAUACUUUUUAUUUUUAUUUGUGGAAAUUGUAAAUUCCCAAUGGCUUGCCAAUAUUCAGAGAUUGCCUCAGAUCCUUGCAGCAUGUAAGUCAGCAAACACACCUUUUUGAUGUAAAAAUAUGCUAUUAAUCAUGUGACUGGUAGAGGGUAUUGCAAGGGUUGCUGUUGCAGUAAGAUACUGUGUUGUAUACUUUGUAUAUUAUUGUAUAGAGAAAAUUACUCUGUUUUUGUUUUAGUGAUUGGGCUUAUAUAUCUUUUAUAAUUUAUCUGUGUACUGGCAAGGAUAUCUACAGGGUGGAAAAAAUGAUCAAAAAUCUGUCAUGAAUUUUUGUCAAUAAUUGAUGGUCAAUAACAAGCAAAUUAGUAUGGGAUUCCACUUGUUAAAACAAUCAGUCGUAAAAAUACCUAAACUGAAUUUCAAUUCAAAAUGUUAUGAAAAUGAACUAGUUCAGAUAAACAGAAUAUUUGACCAAACACCCAUACUUCUACAAUUUGUAGUUUUAAAGAGAGGAUCUUCCAUUUAAUCUGAAGGGCAUAUUCUAAUUAAAACUCGAAUGUCCAUGAAACAUUUUUAAAUGUACUCUAGCCAAAUUGAAACAAAGUUUACAAAUUGAGAAAUGUAGCUUUAAUAGAUCUCAAACAAAUGAACAAGCAUUACAUCUCAUUAAGUGUUGGUUCCUGAGACUAAAUUUCUGUACCUAAUUCCGAUUUUGUUUCUGCAAACUGUACAUUUUAGUUCUGGAUUAUAAUUGUCAGUUAAACUUUUUUGAUUAGCCUGUGUCCAACAGAUAAUCACUUCUCUAUGUUCAUGCCAGAAAAUGGUUUAUUCUUGGAUGGGUAAUUUGGCUUCUAUCUGUCCAUUGGAACAUGGAAAAUGUGGACUUAGAGAAAUCAGCAUUGCUACUUUGAAUACACCUGCACAUUGCAGGUGUGUGUUAUUUUAUACACAUCAUCAUAAUAAUGGAUAUUUUUAUUUUGUAUGGGACAACCAAAGCUUAACUUAUAUGUGAUGCAUGAACAGGCACUUUGUAACCAUUGUUUUCUUCUAGCCCUGGAUCAAAAUCAGUCUUAGUAAAACAAGACUGAGCGAUAACUAGGGUUUUGGACUUGAGCCUAGGACUUGAGCUAAAUUUAUUUUAAAUCUUCUCAGCAGAAAUGUUUCAAGCACCUGGAAUGUCCAAUAUAACUGAAACAUUGCUCUCAUGAUUUAAAACUCUGCAAUGUAUUUACUAUAUAUUGUUUAAUAUAGCAAAGCUGUAAAACAGUUCCAAUAUGUAGAUUUUUGAUUUUUGCUUCAUGCCAAUUAAAUGGAAGACAGCUCUUUAAAACUAGACUAUAAACUUUUUCUUGAGAUCACCUGCAGUUAGCUGUAAAUAAUUAAAAUUAAGAAUGCUGCAGUUUAAUUUUUUUGGCACAACCACUGGCUGUAAAUCUUGCAAAAUCUAAACAAAAUCACUUUGAUGUGCUUGAAUUGAAAUCUAUAUUUAAAAAGGUGCAAACAUGUUCAAUUUUAAUUUUUUUUUGUUUACUUUGCUUUAUAUUAAAAAAAAUCAUGCUAUUAAUGUCCUGAACUAAUUUAAAUAGCUGCCUAAAAAAAAAUCACGGAAUAUAGUGUGGCCUAAUUUAACUUUUCUUUCCACUCUGACAUCAGGGAUACUUUUAACUGCGAUGUAUCGGUAUGCCAUCUUUGCUUAUUUUAUCAUACAUCUUUCAGGGAUUUUAUUUUGGGCUUCGAAUUCUUCUAUCCAUGUUGUAAGUGUAACAAAUAAGCUUAUUCUAUUGCUUUGGUUAACAAAAAAAAAACUUUGUAUAUUAUGUCAAAGCUGUAGUGUAUAAUGUUCUAAAAGCCUGUCUUUUUUUAUUAUUUUGUAAUGUAUUUAAGGAAUUAGGGGUGAGAAAAGAUGGAUCAUGAAAGAAUAAAACAAUAGGAAAAUAUUGUUCAAAUUUGUUUUUUGUAUUCAAUUUUUGACUAUAAAAAUGUUAUACAUACUGUGUAACAAGUUCCUCAGACACAAGAGGUUAACUUGUAACCCAUACUUGAAACUUUCUUCUUUGUUAAAAGUCAGUGUCCGCUACUUGAAAUGAAGUUUGCAGUUUGAUGGAUGAAAAGUAGCAUAAAAAAUCCAGAUGGAAUAGGAUCAUUAUGUACCUUACUGCAGAUAUUCGUACAGUAAAUAUUUUGCUGAAAGUUUUAUUUUGGGUUGAUUUAUUCUUUAAUUUUCUUUUAUUUUUCUUCAAUGGUCUUGUUCAGUAGUCCAUAAUUGUAUUGUUAAGGCUCUGAUUCAAGACAAGGAUUCCUUUUGAUUUUAUUGUAUUGUACACAAAAAGGUUGUUUGCAAGAACUUCCUUGUAAAUGUAUUCUUCCUGAUCAUUUUGAAAUAUUGUGGGUGUUUUAAUAAAUUUUAUAUUUAUUUUUUGCACUCAAA